GUGUACAAAAGAGAGCAUGCAUGAAGAAAGAAAAAAUAUAGCAGCUGGCUGGGUAGCUAUUAUUCCGAGAAAUAUGUGGGAGGCAUUGAAUUUUGGUUAAGGAUUUCUCCUCCUCUAAUUUCUCACAAUCAAAACUAAUUCCUCUUCUUAUUUGCUCCUCCCAUCUCUCUCCACCUUCUCCAUUCCCUUGAGACUUUCCCCCCUUUUCAUUUCCCCUUUCUCUUGUGAAUUUCUUGAGGGAAUGCCUCUCUCUUCCUUCUAAAGGCAAGGCGGCCAUUAUUGAAUUUUCAUGCUUACUCCAUUUUCCCGCCCCCUUGUUAUCUAAUGUGUUUUCAUGUGCAUGAAAAAUGGACUGCAUGAUUUAUGAUCAUCUUGAUAAAUCUUGUUGAUGCAAUGCAUGAAAUGGGAAAUUAAUUAUGGGUGAUUCGUCGUUACAAUUGUGUGUAUGAAUGGGUACUAAAAUGCAAAAUGACUGUUAUGAAUUUCUAAGUCUAGUAUCUAUAUAUAGUCCAGUUUAGGUCAGAAUUACAUUUUGUUCGUGAGAAUGUGUGGAGUUUGGUUGAUUAAGAAACGCUUUUUUCAUAGUGGUAAAAAUGUUCGGUUUAUUUACGAAUGGAUGCCAUUUCUAUCAUUUUCUCUACAUUGUUGUCCACUUUAUAUAUUUAGAAUUUUUAUACAAUGCACCAUAAUCAUUCCUAUAUGUGUAAAUGUGCUUAUAGUGUGCAUUCUUAUAUUUAUUCAUUGAAAUUGUGGAGACAGGAUUGGGAGAACAUGAUAAUAAUGAUGAUGAAGCAUCUCUUGCUCAUUUGCUUGCUGGUCCAUAUCGCUAAUGGAGCAGGAAAACCUCCAGCUAGGCCAGUUGAAAAGAAAUGGCUGACUCUGCAUGGAGGCGAUCCUGUGGUGGUGGCUAACGGGGGGUUGUCUGGUGUCUUUCCUGAAAGCAGUUGGGGGGCUUAUACUUAUGGCAUACCACAGAGUUUAAUGGGAUCUCCCAUGCUCUGUGAUCUAAAACUCAGCAAGGAUGGGUUUGGUUAUUGUAUGUCAAAAAUGCUCCUUCAGAAUGCAACCACAGUUUCUGACACUUUCCCCAAUGCACGCAAGACAUACGAUGUUAAUGGCGAAAAGCUUACAGGGUGGUUUGGACUUGAUUUCAAUGCUCAAACCUUGUUUGAAAAUAUAACAUUGAUACAAGGCUUGUUCACUCGACCUUCAAGUUUUGAUAACAGCUAUACAAUAAGUUCACCAGAGUCACUUGAACAAUUGGGGACAGGACAGGACAUGCCCAUAGUGUGGAUAAAUGUGGAGUAUGACAAUUUCUACCAGCAGCACAAGCUGAGCAUUGAAUCAUAUCUGGAAGAUAUGCUUCCAGCAGUGAAAAUCAAUGUCGCUUACAUUUCAUCUCCAGAAAUUGGUUUCUUGAAGAGUAUUGGCCCAAAAGUUGCACCAACAGUAAAGCUCUUCUUCAAGUUCCCAUCUGACUUGGAAGCUGUUGAACCCUCAACAAGCCAAAAGUAUGGAUCACUGAUUAAGCAGCUCAAAAUGAUAAAGGGCUUUGCAGCAGGAAUCCUGGUUCCGAAAGAUUUCAUAUGGCCAGUUAAUAAAGAUCGCUAUCUGGAGGCGUCUACAACCCUUGUGACUGAUGCCCACAAACAAGGGCUUGAGGUGUUUGCUUAUGGCUUUGCAAAUGAUAAUUACAUCCCUUACAACUAUAGCCUUGACCCAGCAAAUGAGUACCUCCAGUUUAUUGACAACUCCCACUUCUCUGUUGACGGUGUCGUCACUGAUUUCUGCUCAACUGCGUCCAAUGUCAUUGCUUGCUUGGCACACAACAACAAUGCUUCGAGGGUGCUAAAAACAUUGGUCAUUUCUCACAACGGAGCAAGCGGUGACUACCCAGGAGGGUCAGAUCUUGCUUAUCAGAAGGCUAUAGAUGAUGGAACUGACAUAAUUGAUUGUAAUGUCCAGCUUUCCAAAGAUGGAGUUGCAUUCUGUCAGGAUUCAGCUGACCUUAAGUUCACCACUACAGCAGGAACAACUUUCAUGGAUAAGGUGGAAGAAAUUAAAGAAGUUAAUGAUGGGCAACCUGGAAUUUUCUCCUUUGGUCUUACCUGGGAUGAAAUUCAAUCCCUAAAACCGAAAAUAAGUUCUCCGUACGAAGCACCAUUGGACAGGAAUCAUGCAUACCAGUUUGCUGGGAAGUUUAUGACUCUUCCAGAGUUUCUGGAAUUAGCCAAGGCAAAAGCAGUCCCUGGAAUUAUGGUUGGCUUAGAAAAUGCUGCCUACCUUGCAACAAAGGGUCAUGACCUAAUUGGUACAGUCACAUCUGCACUAAAAAAUGCUUCAUUUGACAAGCAAACGAAGCAAAAGGUGAUGAUUAAGUCGGAUGACAGCUCUGUGUUGCUAAAGUUCAAGAAUGAUACUCCGAGCUACGAGAGAGUGUUAGUGUUCAAAAGGGAUUUCAGCUCAGUGCCUGAUCAGAGUUUGGCAGAAGAGGUUAAGAAGUACGCUGACGCCAUCUCCAUGCGCAGAAACUCCCUGGUGUUGGAGUAUGGUGACCCGUAUUACAUGACCAGAAACUUUACCAACGUGGUUCACGCCAUGCAUGCAGCAAAUGUGUCUGUCUAUGCUUCCAAUCUCAAAAAUGAAUUCCAAAGCUUCCUUUUCGAUUACAACAGUGAUCCUUACCAAGAGAUUGCUACUCUUGUUAGCAUUGGUGUGGAUGGACUCAUCACAGAUUUUCCUGCAACUGCUGUGGCAUACAUGAGGUCACCAUGUUCUGAUCCAAAGGCAAACCUUCCAUAUACCAUCUCAGCAGUUGCACCAGGUGACAUGUUCAACAACAGUGUGGCUCCACUCAUACCAGAUUUUGAUCCAAAGCUUAUAAACAUGACCACCUAUCCUGCCCUUUCUUCCAAGGACAUCAUCUCUGAAGCUCUACCUCCAGUAGCUCAACCCAACACAACUGCCUCCCCGGACUCCUCCACCACCACCACCACUGCUCCUCCACCUAAAGAGUCAAGCAGCACAAGUUUUGCACCAACCAGCACUGCUCUCUUUCUUGUCACCUUGGCUGCAAUACUACUUGCUCCAUCUUUCUAGGAAAUAAUAUAAAUUGAAUGCUUCUAACAAUCUAACUCACGUUUCAAAAAAUAUGGGAUCCCAAGGAACAUCAAUUGUCUAGCAGUGUGAAACAUCCUUUGUAAUUUAGGAUAGUUUAGUGGGAAUGAUAUGGCCAAAGACAGCUCCUUAAUUGCUUGUACGAACACUGAUCCUUGCAGAAUGAGCUCAUCAAGGAAAACCUCCAAUAUUUAUUGUACAGUGAAGAGGGAGGGGUAGGAGGGAGAAUAACAAGAACUUGAUAAUAUAACAGAUUUGAUCCAUGAAGUUUAUAUAUACGACCC